UCUCUCUCUCUCUCUCUCCGCUUUCAUCAGUUUCAGAAGAGAGGGGCCUCAUUUUUCUUUAAAAAGACACACCAAACUUUGGCUCUUCCCUUUCAAGUUGGAAAUAUUUAUUAUUCUCCUCCUCCUCCAACUCCAUCUAAUCUAAUCUAUCCCCUUCUUUCCUUUUCCUUUUCAUCGUCACUUAUCUCUCUCUCCUCUGGCAAAGUGGCUAAAUUUCUGGCGAUUUUCUGCAGUAGGAAAACUGUGACAGAGUGAAAAAGAGAGAUGGUAUGGUAGAGGGGAUGGGAAAGAACUUGGUGUGGGUGUGACAGACUUCUGAAACUGAUCAUGGGAGGAAAAGGAGGGGAAUGAGGUAAAAGAAACAGAAAAAACCCAUCUCCUUUCCUUCUCAGUCCUCUCUCUGAAAAAAUAAAAGCUCUGAUUCAAUCUCUUCCCCUAUUUUUCUGUUCCCCUUGGGAUUGGCACUAAAGCCCGUUGUCGCACCAGGAAAAACUGCUGUAAGAUAGGAAUUCAUGGUGGUAGUGGUGGUCUGUACUGACCAGCCAGUAGUAGUACAGUCCUGAUUCCUCAAUCCCCUUUUCUGGUCACUUCUUUUCAGUUUUCUUUCACUUUUUUUGGUGGUGGAAAUUUUCAUCCGUUUCUUGAUCAUGUGGGUUGCUCCAUGCGGACUAUGAUGAAUGGAAUAGAUUCCUCUUCUUCUUGAUCCUUUCACCCCAAAAGAAAACCCCUUUUUCAGUCUGUAGAGAAAAAAACCCAGCAGAAAUUUUUGAGGAAAAGCAAAACUGAGACGGUCUUGCUCACUUAUGGAGUCUACAGAGACUUGAAGCAGAGCAGCAGCCUUGUCCAGUUUCCCUCAAACUUCGUGCCUCUCUCUUUUUCAGCAAGUGACCAUCUUUUUUUGUUAGGAAGAAAGAAGCAAGACUUCCUCUGUUUUUGUCUUCUCUGGGAUACCUGCAGUAAUCGAAAAGCAGAGCAGUAGAAGCAAACAGUUAUGCUGGUAAGGCACAGAUCCAGAGCAGUAGCUAGGAAGCAAGCUUCAAUGGCGACUGAUCACCAGACUUCUCAACCUCCACCGACAACCACCCAAAAUCAGACAAAACCCAUCAUCCAAUCCCUCCUCGCUUCCCCAAGGUUCAAAGCCUUCACAUCCGAAUCCGACCAAAUCAUCAGUCCAACCUCCAUUAUCGACUCUGUCAAACCCUUCUCUGCUCUACGAAGCCCAUUUCAACAACAACCAUCCCCCAAAUUUUUACCGGAAACCAAACACCAGUGGGAAAAAUUGGUGGAGUACUACUCCAAGGGCAUCGGGGUCGCACUAAUUGCCGACUCCGAGUCCGAGAAGAAACCAAAACCCAUCAGCGGGCUUAAACUAAGAGUCCAAAUCCCACCUCCCCUGCUUCCAGACUCCUCCUCACCUCCCAAAUCUCCGGCGGAAUUCGGGAUCAGGACAAGGAUUAGUAACCCCCAGCUGCCGGAUUCUUCCAAGGAAUCUCCCCGGGUUGUCACUGAGUGUCUGUCUGCGACGGAGAUGGAGCUGUCGGAGGAUUACACCUGCGUAAUCUCCAGGGGAGCUAAUCCGAAGACGACCCAUAUAUUUGAUAACUGCGUUGUGGAAAAUUACUUCGGGGUUUCAGAGGAUUCGGGCUCUGCCGUUCCCGAUAACAAAAACUUCCUUAGCAUCUGCUAUACGUGCAAGAAGAGCCUCGAGCAGAAGGGUGACAUCUUCAUUUACAGAGGGGAGAAGGCGUUCUGCAGUGGAGAGUGCAGGUACCAGGAGAUGGUGUUGGAUGGAGGAUUGGAGGGUUGAGAUAUGAAUAUUGGAGAGAAUCAAAUCAAUCAAUUGGCGUUCUGUGUAUUGUCGAGGGAGGAUUCAAUUAUGGAAGAAGCAUCAUCAAUGGAGUUUCAAUUAUUAGAGUGGUUCCGAAAUUGGUUGGGUUGUGAUGGGUUUUUGUUUUGGGAAUAUGAUAGGGAUGUGUCGUUGGAUGGAUGGAUAGAUUGGCUUUUUUCUCUUCUUUGGAACGAUUUAGCCGUUUUGAUUAAUGUUAGUUUGACUAAUCCUCUCAGUUGCAGAUAAAGAUAAAAGAGAGGAUAGUGAUUGUGACAAUGAUGAUGAGUGCAAUUUUAUGUUGUCAAGUAAAUGUGAAUGAGAUAAACCAAACAUUCUGAAAAUGUAAGAGAAGAGUAAGAAAAUUUGGUAACGUUGUGUGCUUCGUCCACGUUUUCUUCUGACUGGACAAAGAAAAUUUUACGGAUUGGGUCUCUCUUUUGUAUUUGGUAUUUAUUUAGGGAUGAGAAUUUUGAUCUGACCUGAUUUACUCGAUUUAUUUGGUCUGUUUUGGGGCGGGUCGGACCCGGCUCGUAGGCAGGGUCGGGCGGGCAUGAGUAUCUCUCGUUGAUCUGACCUGCACUAACCCGCCCCAUUCUCGACCCGUUCUUGCCUAAAUUACAUGUUAU